AUGGAAACCACCGGCGGCGGUGGCGGCGGUGGCGGAGGCAGCUCCUGCUCUUUUUCUUCUUCUUCUUCCUCUGGUUCGACCUCUUCCCCGGGAACUAGAAUGGCGGAGGGCCCUGAUGGAGAUACCCCGGUGGUGGAGGUGUACUUCCACUCCCAAGAUAGUUCUCGUUCUUCUGGCUCAUCCUUCUCGUUUGAGUCCACGGCAGGAUCCUCAGGCCAUGAGCUACCGGUGACGAUGAAAUUCCCACAGCAUUCUUCGGACAACAUUAACCUGCACUGCUCCUCCUCUUCUGCUUCUUCUUCCUGCUCCUCUUCUUCUUCUUCGGGGAACCACAGAGGCUGUAUCCCGGCGCUGAGAGGCGUCGCCACCAACCGGUCCGACCGCGUUGUCGAGGAGCUCAUGGAAUACGUGGACCGCCGGCAGGUCGAGUGGCGAGAGGUUGAGGGGAAGUUCGACCAGCUAGCCGUGCCGGUGCUGGGACGACUUCCAGCGGUGAAAUCAUCGGAUUUCGUGCUCUGUAUUGGUAGCGAUCGAGUUUUUCAGAAUUUCGUUUACAUUUUGUUCUUGAUUCAUCUGGUGAUGUCAACUCUCUGCAUGGCUCGUAUUGCUCAGGCAUGGAGGAGACGCCGGAGUUCGCCUCAGAGCUUCUGAGAGCCCUUCGGGGGAGAAAGAAUGACUGUCAGUGGAUCACAAAGCCAGAGCUCCUUGAGUAUUGGAGGCGCAUCAACGACACUCGUCUCAGCUCGAGGGUUCAAAUCUUCCUCGACAUGCAAGUCUCCUCUCUCUCUCUCUCUCUCUCUCUCCUCCUCUCCUCUCUCUCUCUAUCUUUUUCUCUCACGGAGAACUAUGCCUGAACCAGGUGUAGAAAUGUGGACGGGGAGAUCACGGAGAAGGAGAUGAAGCAGGUGAUCCGGCUGAGCGCCGCCGCCAACCACCUGUCGAUGUCUCAGCAGGAAGUCGGGGAAUACACCCGACUGAUCAUGGAGGCCAUCCUGGGGAGAGACCUCUCGAGCCACAAGGACGAAGAAACCCCACGGAAGUCGGAGGAUGAAGAGCAGAGAUUCCGGCGACGAGCCCCACCUUCAGCCGCGGAAGUCCUCGUCCGAGCAAACUGGCGGCAAGCAUGGGUCGUCUCCCUCUGGCUCAUCGCCUGCGCCGCCCUCUUCACGUGGAAGUUCGAGCAGUACCGCCGCCGGAGGGCCUUCGAGGUGAUGGGCUACUGCCUCAGCGCCGCCAAGGGCGCCGCCGAGACACUCAAGCUGAACAUGGCCCUCGUUCUCCUUCCCAUCUGCCGCAACACGGUGACGUGGCUCCGGCGACAGCGCCUCCUCAGCUCCCUCGUCCCCUUCAACGACGCCAUCAACUUCCACAAGGUAAGCUCCGCCCCGCCGCCUCCUACGCCGCGGCCCCAGGCAGCGCCGUCCAUAUGACCGACGUCUUUCUAGUGUAGCUGGUCGCAGGGGGGAUAGUCGUCGGCGUGAUCCUCCACGGUGGCACCCACCUGGCCUGUGACUUCCCGAGGAUCGCCGGCGCCGACCAGACGCUGUUCCGGCAGACGAUCGCAGCCAACUUCCGGCACCGGCAGCCGACGUAUCUGGAGAUCCUGGCCACCACCGAGGUUGCCUCCGGUAUCGCCAUGGUGGUCCUCAUGGCCGCCGCUUUCGCCCUCGCCACGCGGCUUCCCCGCCGCGACCCCGCAUCUCUCCCGCGGCUGCUCCGCCGGAUCGCCGGCUUCAACACCUUCUGGUACUCUCACCACAUCUUCGUCGUCGUCUACGUGCUGCUAAUCAUCCACUCGAUGUUCCUUUUCCUCACCAAAGACGUCACCGAGAAGACCGUAAGCCCCUUCUCUAUCUUCGACCUCCGGGAGUUGACUACUGAUGUCUGAUAAUUAUCCAUUUUUGGUACGACAGACCUGGAUGUACAUCGCCGUCCCCGUGUUGCUCUACAUCGGCGAGCGAGCAAUCCGGACUUUCAGAUCCCAAGUCUACGACAUGAACAUUAUCAAGGCAUUAUCCCCUCUCUCUCUCUCUCUCUCUCUCUCUCUCUCUUUCUCUACGUCUCCAUGUCCGAGGCCGGUGAGGUGAAAGUCUGAAGUCGCCGCCGGCGUGUUCUCCCCCUUCCCCGCAGGCCACCACGUACGCUGGGAAGGUGCUCUCUCUUAGAUUCCAGAAGCCCGCUGGGUUCAGAUUCCGCAGCGGGAUGUACAUCUACAUGCAGUGCCCCAGCAUCUCCGCAUUCGAAUGGUGAGGUCAUCUUCGCCGUCGACUCCGUUGACCUUCCAACGCCAAAAAAAAUCUCAUUGUGUCUUCGUCUCUUGGCCAUUCCAGGCAUCCGUUCUCGUUGACUUCUGCGCCGGACGAAGAGCACCUCAGCGUCCACAUUCGGACACUCGGAGACUGGAGCUGCCAGAUUUACAGCCUCUUCCGGGAGGUGAUGCCUUAAGAAGCAUUCUUCUGAACUAUCUGGGAGAACUUACGGUGGUAACUCUUGAGCACGUCGGAUAUGGCAGGCUUUGACCUCCAGCGAGGGCGGCGGCUUCCCGAAGGUGCGGAUCGACGGCCCGUACGGCGCCGCCUCCCAAGACCACGCCAAGUACGACGUCAUCGUGCUCAUCGGGCUGGGCAUCGGGGCGACGCCCUUCGUCAGCGUCCUCAAGGACAUCGUCCACCGCCGGCAGCGGCAGCCGGUCGGCGGCGGCGGACCCAGAAAGGCUUACUUCUACUGGGUCACUCGCGAUCAGUCCUCCUUCGACUGGUUCAGGGACGUCAUGAAGGAGGUCUCCGCCGCCAACCAGAAGCAGGUGAUCAUCUCUCUCUCUCUCUCUCUCUCUCUCUCUCUCUCUCUCUCUCUCUCUCUCUCUCUCGUCUUUCUCGGGGCAACUGACGUCUUUCCGGCGAGGCCGCAGGCGGUGGUGGAGAUGCACAACUACCUGACGAGCAUCUACAAGGACGGCGACGCGAGGUCGACGGUGAUCGGCGCCGCGCAGGCCCUCUACUACGCGAGGAGCGGGCUGGACAUCGUCUCCAGGACGCCCGUAAGUAGUCGCGGACCUCCGCCGUGAUGCCGCGGCCCCACCACCUCCUCUCCCUUUCUCACUGGUUCCUCCAUCUGCAGGUGCGGACGUACUUCGCGAGGCCGAACUGGGCGAGGGUCUUCUACGGGCUGACCGCCCGCCACCAGGGGGAAACAAUCGGCGAGUCCCCCCCUCCCCUCCCCCCCCCCCCACACACACUCCACAGACAUAUUUACAAAGUUCCUACAUUUUCUAAAAAAUCUACGAAAUAUACGGCAUCCUGCCAAAUAUAUCAUACCAAUUAAAUACAUAUAAUGCCUUUGUUCUAUUUUUUAUUUUUAUCCUAAACUUUUAAAUAAUUAAUAAAUAAUUUCCUUCUUGACGACAGGGGUGUUCUACUGCGGGCCUCCAGCUCUGGCAGGGCAUCUGCGAAGAUUAUGCCACAGGAUGACGACCAAGUCACUCACCAGAUUCGUGUUCCACAAGGAAAAUUACUAG